CAGGUGCAGCUCAGCACUCUCGACAGCAAACACCUUCGCUCUCCUGAAGAGACUCACCGAAGCAGCCAAACCUACGAAGAAACAGAGACAUGGCCUCUAAAGUUGCAGCUCUGCUCUUGCUGGGUAUCAUCUGCCUUGGGCUUGCAGCAGCUGAUGUUCCCGUGGACUGCUGUCUAAGUACUGCAGAGAAGCGCUUACCCCACAGGCUCGUCGCCAGCUACCAAAUUCAGGAUGCUGGGAAAGGCUGCGAUAUCAAGGCCACUCUGGUCAUUACAAAGGCUGGAAGGCAGCUGUGUCUCGUCCACCCCGAUGGGAACCAAUGGGUGCAACAGCUCAUUAACGCCGUGGACAAGAGAAAGCAAACUCAGUGAAUGAGGAGCAAAGACAAGGACUCUGAAGAUGUGGCUGAAGACUAAAGUGGGAGACAGACUCUCUGGUGUCUGAGCAGCCGUCUUGUACUGUAGAAGAUGUCUGAGAGGAUGACAAUCAUCACCUCUUACAUCUUAUUUAUGAUGCGUGACUCCAUCCGGCUAAAUGUACAGAUCUGCAUGUGUUUUUUUUGUUUUUUUUCUCAUUAGCGGUGACUGUUGCGGUGUAAUUGUGGUUGUGGAUGCCUCUUUCUUCCUUUUUCUAAUUAUGAGUGACUGUAAAAAUAGAAACACCUGCCUUGACUUGCCCAAAGAAUUUUUGUCGUUAUCGUGGUACUGUAUGCUGCUCGUGAAAACUCACAUUUACGGUGCCGUGUUUGUGACAACUUGUACAAAGUGUUGUAGAUGAUGAUUUGUGGACAUUGAAAUUGUUUCUGAAAGCAACUUUAAAAUAAACUUCUAUACUAUUUUGUAA